CCACCGCCCCAAAAAUUAUCAUUUUACCCUUAUUGUAAAAAAAAAAAAAAUUCUGAACCAAAAAAAAAAUGUGUUCUCUCAAAUGAUAGUAGUCCACAUUUACUAAUUCGAUUAAAAUGACGGAUAACGCUCGUAAUUCGUCCGGAAACGAAUAUCCACCAUCCGAAACUAGCGUAUCCGGAUUUGCCGAGGUUCAUUUAGAAGAUUAUGGCAGUGACGGUAUCGAUUACAGUGAACGGUUUUUUUAUGAAAACGGAUUUGAAAGUGAUACCGAAGCAAUAAAUUGGGCAAAGGGAAUUGCUAUACAGAUUGGGUUUGAGCUGGUUAUUUCGUCUCACAAGAAAGGGGGGUUGGUAAAACUUUUGAGAUGUUGUCGGGGUGAGAGAUAUAGAGGGUCACACACAGAUUUAGAUUCUUUUGCACGAAAGAAUACGAAGACGAAGGCCUGCCAAUGCCCUUUCAGGAUUGUGGUGAAAUUUAUUAAUGGCACAUGGACUGUUCUUGCGAAGUCUGGGAUUUCAAGUAUGCACAAUCAUGCGUUAGCUGUGUAUCCUGAGGGACACCGUCAGAUGAGCGGACUGAGCGCUGCGGCCAAAAUGAUUGUGCGGGAUAUGAGUGCGGCACAAGCUAAGCCGUGUGCUAUUUUGGCGGCUGUUCAAGAAAAAUUUCCAUCUGACAACCGUCCAUCUUUCCCCUUUUUCCGCCGAAUGUUCACGAUUGGUCCUAAACUCUCGUCCUCAGAAGUCUCAAAAUCAGCAUCGUCUAUCCGACGGUCUUCCAUGUCAUCAUCCUCCAUCCGAUCAUCCUGUAUCUGAUCAUCGACUGGCGUCUCACUAGCUCCCUCAAUAGCAGGAGUCCCCUUCUUGUGUCGUCGGACUGAGGCACUCACACCACGCUUUCGAACAUUUCGUUGUCCCGACUCCUCAAAAUCAGCUUCAGCUAUAAUAGGCUUACUCUUU